GAGGAGGGGGAGUGAAAACUAGAGGAGGGCGAAGGAAGCGAGGCGCGACUCAGCUCGCGGAGAGGAGGGCAGUGAGGAACGCCGCGCGGGGAGAGGCGGCUCCGGCGGCCGAGAGGAGGGAGCGCGGCGCAGAGAGGAGGGGCUUGCGGCCCCGUAGAAAUGUCAAUCAGAGCCCGGAGCCCGGGGAAUCUCCGCCAAUCUGUUCGGACCUGACCUGGCUCCUCGCCGCCGCCGCCGCCGYCGCCGCCGCCGCGGAGCAGAUCAAUAGGGGAACCCGGAGCGCAGAGCAGAGCGGGAGGUAGCGCGGCCCCAGCUCUGCCCAGCCCCCGAUGCGCGCCGGAGCCCGCGGGCGGCGCUGAGCAGGGCGGCCCCGGGGGCCGGGCCCCCUCUCCGUCCGUGCCCCGCGGGCCACCAUGUCCUUCCCCCAGCUCGGAUACCAGUACAUCCGCCCGCUCUACCCGCCCGAGCGCCCGGGAGCUGCAGGCGGCGGCGGCAGCGCGGGGGCCCGGGGAGGACCUGGCUCGGGAGCCUCAGAACUGACCGCCUCUGGGUCCCUAUCCAACGUGCUCUCGUCCGUGUACGGGGCGCCCUACGCUGCGGCCGCUGCCGCCGCCGCCGCCGCCCAGGGCUACGGCGCCUUCCUGCCCUACGCCGCGGAGCUGCCCAUCUUCCCGCAGCUGGGCGCUCAGUAUGAGCUGAAGGACAGCCCUGGGGUGCAGCAUCCGGCCGCGGCCGCAGCGUUUCCGCACCCGCACCCCGCUUUCUAUCCGUAUGGCCAGUACCAGUUUGGAGACCCGUCCCGUCCCAAGAACGCCACCCGAGAGAGCACCAGCACGCUCAAGGCCUGGCUCAACGAGCACCGCAAAAACCCCUACCCCACCAAGGGCGAGAAGAUCAUGCUGGCCAUCAUCACCAAGAUGACCCUCACCCAGGUGUCCACCUGGUUCGCCAAUGCGCGCCGGCGUCUCAAGAAGGAGAACAAGAUGACUUGGGCGCCCCGCAGUCGCACGGAUGAAGAGGGCAACGCUUACGGGAGCGAGAGGGAGGAGGAAGACGAGGAGGAGGACGAGGAAGAYGGCAAGCGCGAGCUGGAGCUAGAGGAGGAGGAGCUCGUGGGGGAGGAGGAGGACACGGGGGGCGAGGGCCUGGCAGACGACGACGAAGACGAGGAGAUCGAUUUGGAGAACUUAGACGGCACGGCUGCCGGGCCUGAGCUGGCCUUGACGGGGGCAGCGCGCAGGGACGGUGACCUAGGCCUGGGACCCAUUUCGGACUCCAAAAAUAGCGACUCCGAGGACAGCACCGAGGGCUUGGAGGAGCGGCCGCUGCCAGUCCUGAGUCUGGCCCCAGCGCCACCGCCAGUGACCGGGACUCCACCGUCUCCGCCCUCGCCUCCCACCGGCCUAGACUCCUGCGCACCAGCACCGGCUCCCUCCUCGGCCCUGCAGAAGCCCAAAAUCUGGUCCCUGGCCGAGACGGCCACGAGCCCGGACAACCCACGCCGCUCGCCUCCUGGCACGGGAUGUUCUCCUCCUGGGGCAGCGGUCGCACCCCCGGCUCUACAGCUUUCUCCCGCAGCAGCCGCCGCCGCCGCCGCGGCUCACAGACUGGUCUCGGCGCCACUGGGCAAAUUCCCGGCUUGGACCAACCGGCCGUUCCCAGGCCCGCCUCCCGGCCCUCGCCCGCACCCUCUCUCCCUGCUCGGUUCGGCCCCUCAGCACCUGCUGGGACUUCCCGGAGCCGCUGGUCACCCGGCUGCCGCCACCGCCUACGCUAGACCCACGGAGCCCGAGGGCGGAACAGAUCGCUGUAGUGCCUUGGAAGUGGAGAAAAAGUUACUCAAGACAGCUUUCCAGCCCGUGCCCAGGCGGCCCCAGAACCACCUGGAUGCGGCUUUGGUCUUAUCGGCUCUCUCCUCAUCCUAGUUUCUUUCUUUUUUUUUUUUAAAUACUUUUUAAAUCGUUGUAAUAAUUGUAAAAACAACAACAACAACAACAAAUCGCUCUGUAUAGUUACAACUUGUAAGCAUGUCCGUGUAUGAAUACCUAAAAAGAAAACUAAACAAAAAAAGAAAAAGAAAUAAAAUCAGUCCCCCUCAUCCCUCCCCAAGUCGAUUCUGUGCCACCCCACAUUAACUGCCAUUGUCAGGUUGGUUUGUUCGAUUGCUUUGGGGAGGGGGGUGGAGUUUCAGUGAGAAUAAGCGUGUCUGACUGUUUUGUAUAUACAGAAAAAUGUACAUAUGUGUGAACCAAAUUGUACAAGAAAGUAUCUAUUUUUGGCUAAAUAAAUGAGCUGUUGCCACUUUGACUAUA